AUGAUGAUGAAAUUUUACAUGACACAAUUGUCAUCAGAAGACAAGAAAAAAAUUAGCAACAACCAAGUACCGCAUCCUCGCAGCUACAAACCACACAUGGGCUCUACUGCUGCUUUCAACAUUUCUUCCAAGAGUUUACCCAUACUUUCGGAAGUGGAUGAUUUUGAAAUUUAUUUUCAAGGAUGCUCUGCCAAAGGAGCCCUAUUAACUGGAUCUUUUGAUCAGUUCAAUACAGCCACGGACUUAAAUGGUUGUAGUGGUGAUCCUUGUUGGAACGACGAUCAAGAUGGAGCUGGACGUUUUUUGAGAUAUUCUAAAUUUGCAAAACCAAACACAAGAUCAUUACCACUUCCACCAAAUGAAACUUUAAAGUUCAUUGAUAUCGGACUUCAAUUUACAACACUUCUCACCUACUCGAACAAGGUUUAUUUAUUUGGCGAUUUUCCAUUUGGGAUGGUGUCGGAACCGAUGAAAGAUAGUCCAAAUGGCAAGUUGCUGCUAGUUGAAUUGAAUCGUCAAGAUGGCACACAUACGGUCAUGGCUGACAGUUUUCCAACAGAGCCUGUUGAAAUGUUUUGCGGAGAGCAAUUUGUUACAGUGAGAGAUUGUAGGGAUCGAAUAUACUAUUGUGGAAUUGAAGGUUUUGGAACUUGCAGCUCUGAGUGGUUUUAUUGCUUUGUGGACCUGCAGCUACAAGCGACCAUUGAGAACCAAUCUGAAAAUAUCGAUCUGUUAAAUGGUAAAAUUACUCACUUUCGCGUAGGAGGAAGACAUAUUUGUAUCUGCAUUGACAAUCAUGCAAUCCUAUCGAUUGGAGCUAAUUAUUAUGGCCAACUUUGCAAUGAUCGAAAUGAUAGCUCUCCAGAAGUAGGUGAUGAUACGCCAAACAUUCAACAAUACAAAUUUCAAAGGUCUCUGUGGAAUAGAACAAAACAAUAUAGAGUAAUGGAUAUUGGUUGUUCUGGAAACAUGACAUGCAUAGUGACUACAUGUGGUAAAAUUUUUAAAACGGGAAAUGUUCCCCAUUUACAGGGAGAAAAUGGUACCCUCUAUGAAAUUAAGCUCGAUGGCAUUCCAUUGGCAGUGUCUGGAACUUGGACUCAUAUACUCAUUCAUACUAACCAAAACAACGUUGCAACAAUAUCAGAGACGCAUGAAAUUGACAAUAUUACACCAAUUUCGUUCACGUAUAAUGUUCGUCCGGCAGAGCUAAGGUUUUCAAGAGGAACAAAUCCAAAUGGUGAUUAUUAUUUACUUACUUUUGACACUAUUUACAACAGAUCUGGAGGUCAAGUAUUGAAAACAAGUUUACCGAUUUACUUUUGCAAAGUAACAAGUGAAAUAACAAUGAUUUUGUGUGGAAGUGGAAGAGCUGGAAAAACAGUAAGAGAAUUUUGGAAAAAUUUACAUAAUUGCAAACGUUUACAUGACAUUUCUAUACAUGCACAGUCAACAGAAUGGUUGUAA